UUAUUUUAUUAAAUGUCUAAUUCAAAUUUCCAAAAAAUCAGCUGGCUUUUUAAAUAAACGAAAUCACCAAGCAAGUUAUAAUUGCCAAGAGUCAGAUAAAUAAAAAUGGGAAGGAUUUUUUUGGGACACAUUGGUGGAACCCGUCUUUUCUCAUGUGCUAGUUGUGAUACAAUUUUGACAAAUAGAUCUGAAUUAAUAUCCACACGAUUUACUGGUGCAACUGGAAGAGCUUUUUUAUUUAAUAAGACCGUGAAUCUAAAUUACAGCGACGUGCAGGACAGGGUAAUGUUAACGGGCCGUCAUAUCGUGCGUGAUGUAACUUGCAAAAAUUGCGAAGCCAAAGUGGGCUGGAUGUACGAGUUUGCUACGGAAGAGAAUCAACGGUACAAGGAAGGCAAGGUCAUAUUAGAGAGAGCCCUCAUAACGGAAAGUGAAGGUUUUGAAGAGACGCCCACCCCCGUCACCAGAUCUCAAACCCAUAAUAUUAACAAUCAUAAUAAUAGUAUCUACGUUAAUUCUGGCGACAAUAACGAAAAUACCGAUAGUAUUAGGGGUGCUAUAGCGACUACAACAGAAAAUUCUAGCAAUAGCGGAAGUAUUCGAAGAAAUACUCAAGCUAUUGUCGAGCCAAUUCCUCCUCCCGUUAUAACUACCGUUAGCGGAUCUACUAGUACGGGUACCGGAGGCAGGCUAUAUAUUGGUGGUCCGGUUUCAGCUCUUUUCCGACCUUCCCCACUUUUGACCACUCUUGGGCGCACUGGUAUGCUGAUACCUCGUGAGAUAUUCAAUUAUUAUGGUAUUUCUCCCUUUUAUGACGAUUUCGACGAGUCCACAACCAAUAGAAGCGUAUCAUCUACCAAUCUAACGGUCAAUAUAAGCGAUUCUAAUCGAAUUAUUACUGGGUCCGGGUCGAAUAAUUUUAAUAUCACAGGUAGAGAAAGGGAUAUUUCUAGCAAUAACAAUACAUCUUCGAGCAGACGGGGCAUCGCAACACCCUUGGUUAUUCAGAAUCCUAGACGAUGUAACCCUAUCAACCAACAGAAUCGAUACAUUAGGUCUCCAGCUAUCGUAUCUACCACAACGACCUGCAGUAGUGCCAGAAAUCAUCUUUCCUCAGCGGGGUCUACUCGGUUUAACACAGCAGAUACUACCACGCGACAACUUGUUCAAGUUACUGCGCGUACCUUUAGUCAUCCCGUUUCUCUAUUUCCUCCCAGUGCCACUUGCAACAUGUUUAAUCCCAACGACGAUAAUAACGGUAAUAGCAAUAAUAAUAAUUUAGCCACUAGAAUAACUCUUUCCUUGUUAGCAGAUACUUCAUCAGGUUCAGGAGCUAUUAAUAAUUCGAUUAUAGGGAAUCUUAACGAGCCUACUACCACCAUUCUACAAAACCUUCCCUAUCCUCGUAUUGAUUAUCCUAGCCGACUGGCCAAUAUUAAUUAUAAUCCUAAUCAUCACCACCGUCACAUUUAUCUUAGUCAUCCUAGGGGACCCCAUAUUCACGCCUAUCAUCAUAGUUGCCAUCCUAUUCAACCUCAUCACAAUAUCUCUAAUCAUCAUCACGAUACAGUACACGCCCAUCACUGCCUUCAUUCUCACAAUCACCCCUACCGACCAGUUCAUUUUCAACGCUCCCAUAUUAUCAAUAGCAAUACCGAAGAGGAAAAUAUUGACCCAAACUCUAGCGAGGAAAGAAAUUUCGAGGCAAAUAUAGAUUGCGAAAAUGACACCGUCAGCAACAUUGAAAAUAUUACCUUUGACAUUGACGAAAGAAAUGUUAUUGACACAGGGACUGAUAUCGCGAGAAAUGAUAAUAGCCUAGACAACAGCGGAGAGAGUAACAUAAUGGUAAUGGACGAUUUGAUUGACCUUGGAGGAGACAGUAGUAGUAACAACGAAGAUAAAUAAAAAAAACUAUCCUUAAUAAUUUGGAUUUCGUUUUAUAUCCAUAAUUUGAAUACAAAUUUUAAAAGUAUUUUGUUGAAAAAUUUGUUAAGAUACGAUUUGUAUCACCAUGAUGGCUCUUGUAAUUUAACGAGACCAUAAAAUAAACAAAGUCAAGAUUAUGUUUUAUCAUUCACUUUGAAAUACAAUAAACACUAUGAUUAUCUUAACAUUAUUUUUUUUAAAAAGAUAUAAUAAAAUUGCAAAUUUUUUUUGAAAGUUUUAAAUUAAAAUUUGUUAGACAAUAGCAGUUUUGGUAUAUAAUAAUAUAAAUAAAACACAGUGAGUGAUGGCUUGAUAUUUAGAAAAAGUCUAAUAUAAAUUUAUUAUUGAGUAAUUAUAUUAUGAUUUUUUAUACACAUAUUUAAGUUUUAAAAAUAGAAAUCUAUCGUUUAUUAUUUAUUUAUAUAAUUUAUUUAACUACUUUUAUCGAUGAAUUUUUUAACAUAUCGAAUUAAUC